AUGAGUUGGGCAUUAUCAUCGGAGCGAGAAUUCUGUUUAUCAUCAAAUGCAACUCCUGCAGCCCUUGGACCUGGUGCAUAUAAUUUACCGCCUUCUAGAGCUGAUGUUAAGCCUGCAACUGCUCCUUUUGGCUCCCGAACUUAUGAUUUCGCUGAUCCCCCUGUAGAUACAAACCCAGCACCUGGACAAUAUGAAUCUAAACCACUCGAACAAACAACCGGUACUAAAUACGUCUUUUCAUCAAAGAGCAAACGAACAAUUUUUCCAAAUAAUUCAUGCGCACCAGGACCUACAGCAUAUCAACAGCUAGAUGAUUGGAUACCAAGUCCACCAAAUCCAGGAAAGCACAUUUCAAAGCCAGAAUUCCGUCCUUUAACAGGUUUCGUUGGUCAAGAUGUUGUUGGUUAUAAAGAAACACCAGAAGGCAAUCUCGUUGCUGUUAAAAUGGUUAGAAAAGAUAGUAGAGAUAUAGGUCCAGGAACAUACGAGUCUAGAACACUUGAUCAACCAACUCCUAUUCUUCUUGACCGCCCUGCCGAAAGAAAUCUUUACGCAAAGCCAAAUGAAGUACCAGGACCUGGUUCUUAUGUCAAUAUGCCAUACGAAACAAAACUUUAUCAUAAAAUUACCGAUCGACCACCAGAAAAGCAACCAGAGUAUGAAUAUCCCGUCUUUUUACCACCAGAUGUUUGGACUGAGCAAGCUGAACUUACUCAUUCCAGCUUUAAAUCUCGAUCAUUACGAGGAGACCUUUUUCCUCCCGGGGACUCCGUUCCAGGUGUUGGAACAUACAGUGAUGCCUAUAUCAGGGAUCUUGUUCACCAGCCAGUUUCUCGUGCGCAGACUUCAUUUGGCUUCAGACAAGGAAGAAAAGAUUUUUGGGAGCCAACAGAAGCUCCUGGACCAGGUACAUAUAAUCCAAAGCAGCCUAGAUGGAUAAAGAAAGGCCAGAAACCAGGCAGGCAUGCUCCAAACACCGAACCACAGCCAGAUGAAACUCCUGGACCAGGUUCUUACAAUAUUCUCCAAAAAACGAACAAAACGAAUCCAAACUGGAUGUUUAAGACUGUUGCAAAGAGGGAACUGCAGAAUAUGGCAGGAGGAGAUGCUCCAGGACCUGGAACUUAUUCUCUUGCUGAUGGAAAUUCGAAGAUUCCAAUUGCAUUAAACAAAUCAUCAAGGUUUAGUAACUGCCAUAAAUGGGAGUCUCCAAGUGAUGCGGCACCUGUUGGUUCUUACACAAUUCUUGAUGAAAAACCAAAGGGAAGAACAAUUUCAAGAAUUGGACACAGACCACUUUACAAUAAGUCAAAAGUACCAGGCCCUGCUUAUUAUGAAGUUACUCAUAAUUCAUUCCUUAGGCAUUCUUACAAUACUUCUGUUCCAAUUUAA